AUGGGCGGCCGCUGGCUGAGCGGGGCCAGGCGGCUCUGGGUUUCUCGCGAUGGGAUGGCGGCGAGCCGGGCGGUCUGUCGGCGCGCCUCGAGCCUGUGGGGAGCGAGCGGUAACCGCUGUAUUCUGCCUCUUCAAAUAGAUAAAGGAGUCUUGUUUAGGAAACGUAAAAUUCAAUUAACAUAUAAUACGCAUACCAGCUUGGCUGAAGUAUGGAACAAAAUAUCCUUCACAGGCCAGCCAUUCAGCACUUCUCACACAACAGUGGAUCCAACGGAGAUGAAGAAAUUCCAGCUCUUGGCACACAAAUGGUGGGAUGAGCAUGGAGAAUAUUCAGCCCUUCAUUCCAUGAAUGAUAUUAGAGUUCCGUUUAUUCGAGACAUUGUUCUAAAUAUGAGAAAUGAUUAUCCCCUGGGAAGCCCUCUGUCCGGCAUGAAGAUCCUGGAUGUUGGCUGUGGUGGUGGACUCUUGACUGAGCCCCUAGGUAGGUUGGGAGCUUCAGUUACUGGCAUUGAUCCUUUGGAAGACAACAUCAGAACAGCAGAACUGCAUAAAUCAUUUGAUCCGGUCCUAUCCAAGAGAAUCCAGUAUAAAUCCUGUUCACUAGAAGAUCUUGUGGAAGAAGCUUCGGAACCCUUUGACAUCAUUGUAGCUUCUGAAGUAGUAGAACAUGUGACUGAUGUGGAAAUGUUUGUCAGAUGCUGUGGUGAAGUGUUAAAACCGGAAGGCAGUAUAUUCAUAACUACAAUCAACAAAUCACAGUUGUCUUACAUCUUGGCCAUUUUGGUUGCUGAGAAAGUAUUGAGCAUUGUUCCGGCAGGCACACAUGAGUGGGAGAAAUUCAUAGCUCCUGAAGAGCUGGAGCGGAUCCUAGAAUCAAAUGGUUUUUUAGUCCAGACAGUGAAAGGAAUGUUGUACAACCCUCUCCUUGGAUCCUGGAGCUGGACUGGAAGCACUAGCGUUAACUAUGCCCUCCAUGCAGUGAAAUGUAGCCCGCCGGAACAGUCAAGUCCAAGCGAACCACCUCUGGAGACAGACAAAGGGCAGCUCCAAACUGAAGCUGGUAUCGGAACUGGUAGAUGA